AUGGAGGGUGUUGAAUGCUUGCUAAUCUUCAUUUAUGGAAUCACCAAUGUUUUCCUUGAACAUGUCUCAGGUUGGGGGGAGGCGUGGACGGCACAGGAUCUUGAACAUGUCGCCAUCACGCUCUUGUUCAUGGGCGGUGGUUUGUGCGGUAUGAUGGUCGAGUCCCGGGUAUUGUCAACAAGGCAGGCGUCGGAAGCCUCUCUCACAUUAGGCGAAAGCCGGACGUUGAUACCCGGAUACUCGCCCAACCCCGUACCAGCCAUGAUUAUGUUUCUACUAGGCACAAUACUCAGUGGCCACCAUCAAAGCACAACGGAGUCUUCAAUGAUGCACAAAUGGAUCGGUAAUUUUCUCGCAGCAGCAUCGAUUACAAGGAGUCUCACGUACCUGGUGCUCUACAUUGCACCAGCAAGAUCUCUGCUACCGUCCCGGCCUCCAUCUGAGCUUGUCACGUCUUUCUGUCUGAUGUCGGGAGGUCUGAUGCUCAUGGCCAGUAACAGUGACACGGUCGAUGCGAUGAUUGAGAACGAUCUGAACGCGAUGCUCGUCGCCACGGUCAUUAUGAGCAUAACGACUGUUCUGAUGGCGUGGUGUUGUGUGCUGGUUGCUAUACAGGAAUGGGCACAGAGGAGGGAGGGAGUGACGAAAAACAGGAAAGACUUGGACUGA